GGGGCAAGGUCCCACUUGCGCAGAUUAGGAGAGUUCGGCCGUUGAUCUUUGCUAUCUACGGUCAAUAUUAUAUCUCUUAAUUCGUGCAAGUGGGACCUAGGCCAGGGACCAUUUCCUCGGAGGUUGUGAACCACGUGGAGCAGUUACUCGGAGGUGAAGUCGGGACCGAGAAUAUGUCACGUGGGGACGAUCAGAAGGCGGGAGAGACGACGUCCACGGGCGCUGCUGGUGGCGAUGGCAGUUUGCGGGAUCGCUGCAUAGAGGAGGAGGAGGGGAGAGAACGUGUUGUCGGAACGGAUCAGCGAUCUUGUCCUCCUGGCCAUGGAUCAGGGGAGGAGGGAGAGAGGGUGAAUGGUGCGCAGAGUAUGGCAGAUGAAGGCAUACUGAAGGAUGUAGGGGCCAAGGAAGUAGACGACGUGCUGGGAGAAGAGACAGCCGACCUGCCUGUGACUCAGACGCGAGAUGGCGCUGAGGUGGAGGAAGAGGCAGCAGAGGUAAAGAGAACAGUGGAAGGAGGAUUGGAACCUAGUGCGACGAGUGGGAUUGCUCAGGAGGAGAUUAUAACACCGCUUUUCGUGGUAGUUGAUGUACAGGGAAACGCCGAAGAGGGGGAAGAGGAGGAAGAGGAGGAGGAGGAGGAGGAGGAGGAGGAACAAGUGGAAGCAGCGGGAGUGGGAGGAGCCGAGGCGGCAGGUGUGGGAGUUGAAGAGGGAGAAUCAGGCUUACUUCUUAUAGUUCAGGUACAGACACACGACGAGACGCAGGAGGAGGAAGAAGAAGAGGAGGAGGAAGAAGAAGAAGAAGAAGAAGAAGAAGAAGAAGAAGAAGAAGAGCAAGCGGAGAUGCAGAAGGGUGAGGAGAAGGAAGAAGCAUUCGGAGGCCCAAGUGGAGAAAGGUGGGGCACGACGAAGGAUUAUGAUGACGUGGAGGCCAAUCAUUGGAGGGGUAAGAGUCCACGUGGCGGCUAUGAUGAUUGGAUGUUAUCUUCGGGGGUGCCGAGAAUGAGGCGGUCGUUCUUACGGAGAGGUGGAGAACGUUGGGAGAGAGAGAUGGUGUCUUGUUCGUCUGCUGAUCCCGCUUGCUCUCGGUUGCCUGAUCUUCCGCCUUCCGUGAUUGAAGUUAUUCUGUCGUCAUCGUCUCUCGGUCCAGCCGACAUUGCACACGUGGCAGCUUGCUGUAAAUCCCUGUAUAGGAUUGCAUCGUCGGAUUGCAUUUGGAGUGGGUUUUUCCGACAAAGAUGGGGUCGUGUUGGGGGCAGAAAGGCGAGGAAUGCCAUUGUGCAGGCUUGGUAUAGCGACAAGACAGUUGUUCCCGAAAUCUCGCAAUCAGCAAUGGCUUUAUUUUCCAUAUUUGAGAGGGGUCUUUACAGUUUCCCUGCCCAAGUGCGAAACAGAGAGCAGGAGGAUGGGUGGUUGCUGUCGGCCUAUGAUGCCAUCGUUAAGUACGACCGAAAGACCGACACAUUCACGGCAACGUACGUGGAGAACGUACCUGCGCCCACCGUUGAAACCGGGAUCACGUGGCAUCGAAUCAGGCCUUCUCUGUUAGAUUCAGACCCAUUCCGAGUGUACGGAAAGGAUGAUCUACUGAGUGUACAGCCCGGCGACCACGUGGAAGUGCAGUGGAGGCUGGGUAGUCCUAUGCCGUACGGGUGGUGGUAUGGGAUAGUAGGGCAUCUAGAUCGCUGUCCGUUUGCUACCGUUUCGGCGGAGGAGGAGAGUAACGGAAGGAGCAACGGAAACGCUGAAGAAAGCAGCGAUGACGUGGAGGGAAGGAGGAGAAGCUUGGAAGGUGGUAAUUCGACAGCCAUAGGAGGAGGAGGAAGAGGAGGAAGGGGAGGUGAAGGGGGAGGGAGGGGAGGGGAAGGGGGAGGAAGAGGAGGAGAGGAAAGAAGUGGGAGAUGUAGAGGUUCAAGAAGUGACUGUGUGUGCUGCAAAGCCGAUGAGGUGAAGUUGUGUUUCAAUCAAUUCACUCGAGUGUCGCAGUGGCGGGUGGGCGUAGUGUUAAGGUCGAAGCGCGGGAAGAAGCAGCCUUUCCCGCGCUGGGACACGGCGCACUGUUUCGGGUACAUUGGCGGGGUAAGACGACUGGAUGAGGUUGAAGAUAAGGAGGAGAUAAAGACGUGGCUCAGCUUUAUGCCAGGCCAACUCAUCGGAGAUGAAUGAGAAUUGCAGAUUACCUCUUCUACAUUGUCAGCGCACACGUGGCCGUAGAGAAAGACGUGGCUCAGCUUUAUGCCAGGCCAACUCAUCGGAGAUGAAUGAGACUUUCAGAUUACCUCUUCUACAUUGUCAGCGCACACGUGGCCGUAGAUUACGCCCCCACGCGACUUGAGAGCCCCCUUUCGUCGCCACGCCUGCUAUGAAUCUUAGACUGUAGGAAUGAACAGGUUCAUGCGCUGAAUCUUAUCACCGCAUGCGUGGCUGUAGAUUACUCCCGCACGUGGCCGUAGGAAUGAACAGGUUCAUGCUUAGACUGGAUGAAUCUGGUCGUAUCAAUGCACACGUGGCUGUAGAUUACGCCCCCACGCAACUUGAGAGCCCCCUUCCUUUGGCACGCCUGCUUUGAAUCUUAGACUGUAGGAAGGAACAGGUUCAUGCGCUGAAUCUUAUCACUGCAUGCGUGGCUGUAGAUUAUUCCCGCACGUGGCUGUAGAUUACUCCCGCACGUGGCUGUAGAAAUGAACAGGUUCAUGCUUGGACUGGAUGAAUCUGGUCGUAUCAGCGAACACGUGACUGUAGAUUACGCCCCCACUUGACUUGAGAGCCUCCUUUCGUUGGCACGCCUGCGAUGAAUCUCGGACUGUAGGAAGGAACAGGUUCAUGGUAGGGGCAGGCGAACGCUGUACAUGGAAUGUCGAGCACCUACUACCUUCCCUUCAAGUGUUCCCCACUCCUUCCCUCCCCCUCCCUCCCCCUCCCUCCAUAGCUGCUCCAUCUCCCGCCUUUGUUUGUGCUUGUCGUUUCACGCUCUUUUUCUUGCUCGUUCCUUCACCGUUCGCUUUACUUCUCGUCUCUUAGUGUUAGCUGGUAGUAAUCAGACUAGGACUUGUCAAUGAAUCUGGUCGUAACUGCGGUCCGAUACGUUCAGUAGAAUGCACGUGUAAAAAUGUUUAGUACGUACUCAUAGUACGACUUUCUCAAUGAAUGUGGCCGCUUUCUCUGCUCAUGGGGGAUGCGCAGCGUUCAUUUGUCGCUUUGUAAAUUCCACCGCGAACUGGGCCGCUCCCGUCUGCUGCCUCUUUCUCUUUUCCUUCCCUCUGCCUUUUCUUAGUUCAAUUAUUUUGUCAUAUUGCUUUGUUGCCCCUCUCUGCUCUGCCUUCUACUUACGCAAUUCUUCUCCUGCCCUCUCGUAUCCGCUAAGGUGAGGAUUGUUUUUUUUUUUUUUUUUUUAAGGGUCAGGAUUAUUAGCUCUUCUGCCAACGUCCCUGCGUCGUAUUUGUGGACGUUAGCAAGUAUAUAGGUUAUACCUGGCACGGUAUUUUUCUGGAAUAUCGUUGAUGGGAGAUGAGGACACGUGUCACGGUCAGGAGCGGGGGGGGAUUUAGCCGUGAAGAGGUGGAAUAAAGAAAAAAGGGUAUG